AUGUCAUACUCAUCAGCCAUGACGACCUUAAUUAAAAACCCGCAGUUACGCCUUCUAAACGCUCUACGAGCCGACUCAAAGCCUAUCAUGACCUUUCUAGGCCUUCCGUCCCUCCGCACAGCCCAAGUCGUGGCUCAGACCGGCGUUGAUGGUAUUAUUAUAGAUUGCGAGCAUGGACAUAUCAGCGAUGAUUCCAUGCACAGUCCCACUGCCGCUAUCGCCGCUUUGGGUGUCUCGCCGCUUGUUCGUCUCAGAAUGACCCACGUCGAUUUGAUUAAAAGAGCUUUAGAUGCUGGUGCACAUGGAAUUGUUGUACCUCAGAUCAAUACUGCCGAAGAAGCCAGGACCGUCGUGUCCUAUUCAAAAUUCCCUCCGCAGGGGGUUCGAGGCCAAGGCUCAGCUUUUCCAGCCAUCGCUCACGGUAUCGAUAUCCCGACAUACCUGAAAACGGCGAACGAAACGAUUAUCACCUGUCUUCAGAUUGAAUCAAAAGAGGGAGUUGAGAAUGUUGACGCUAUCUGCGCUGUACCUGGUAUUGAUAUGAUCUUCAUUGGGCCGAACGAUCUUGCUCUAUCGGUCCUUGGCUAUGUCCCCGCAAAGGGGAAUGAGCCCGACUUUGUCAACGCAGUUGAAAAGAUCGUGGCAGCAGCCAGAAAGCAUAGCAAAUGGGUGGGUCGGUUAUCGAAUAACGGGGCUUUAUGCAGGGAGCAUCUGACAGUGUUUGACACCGUAGCGAUGAGUUACGAUAUUCGGGCGAUGCAAAACUGGUAUACGGCCGAGUUGCAAAUUGCGCGUUCGUGA